UGUAAUUUAUUUUAAUACCUUUCUCAUAAUACGUAACAAUAUUGGCAUUUCGUACGUAGGCAUGUUGUUUGAUAUUUCUAUUUUCAACAACAGAAUAAAAUAUAUAUUUAAAAUGCUUCGGCACCCACUUACGCGUUAUACCUGCCACAAACUAUAUGUCUCCGCCUUCAUUCACUUGUACUAUGUUUAUAAUGCUACCACCCAUUUAUAAAGUGAAGUAUUUGUGUGCGUUGUUACCCAAAACAUAACCAUGUGUCAAACUCUCUCUUAUUAUUUGCAAGUAAAUCAAUAAUAUCUUAAUUGUUGAAUAUUAUUUAUAAUAAAGUAAAAAGAAAAAAGCUUCUGUAACUGUGUUAGAAAUAUUAAAUCUGUUAUUUCUUCUUGGUUUUUUAAAUUACGUAGCAUAUAUUUUACAAGAUACUUACGUUAGGUUAUGCGUAUUAACAUGUACAUAAGAAGAAUACUUACAAAUUUCGUAAAAAAAUAUAAUAAUUCAUAUUUCAAUUUAAUAAAACGACACCAAAAUGUACUUUCGCAUUGUAUAGAAAGAAAUGACUUUCCUUCAUUAGUCCCAUUACGUUUAUCACAAUAUUCAAGUAAUAGUCCAUUAAAAUGUUGGAAUUGUAAUUCUAUAUACAAGUCCGAACUAUUUUGUUCAAAAUGCAAAACAUUACAAGAACCACCCGAAAAUUUAACGUAUUUCGAUUUAAUGGGUAUUCCCAAAAGCUAUGACAUAACAGUUGUGGAACUUCAAAGAAAAUACAAAGAGCUUCAAAAGCAAUUACACCCUGAUAAAUUUGGUAACAAGUCUGAGAAAGAAAAACAACUAUCUGAAAAUUUAUCAUCAUUGGUAAAUAAAGCGUAUAAUACUUUAUUAAACCCCUUGCAAAGAGGUCUAUACAUGUUAGAAUUGAAUAAUAUAACAAUACCAGAGGGAACAGAUAAUAUGAAUCCAGAAUUUUUAAUGGAAAUAAUGGAGAGAAAUGAAGAAAUAGAGGAUGCAUUGAAUGAUCACACAAAGAUUAAAAAAUUGGCAAAACAAAAUGAAGAAAUAUUAAAUAGUUUGACAAUGGAUAUUGCGAAAGCAUUUCAAGAAGAAGAUAUUAAAAAAGCAGAAGUCCACCUUAUACGAAUGAAAUAUUAUAAUAGUAUUAACAAUAGAUUUAAAAAACUAAAACAUGAUUUAGGUAUAGUAGAAUGAAUAAAAACUCUGCCUAAUAGAAUGUAAAUUAUAAGUGUACAUCAAUUUUAAUGUAUAAAUAUGUGUUUAAUAUAAAAGUCAUACUAUAAUGUAGUAGUUUGUUACUUACAAAAUAUCUUAUUAAUGUAUCAACAUUUUUUUUA